AUGAUUUUGUCAUACUUUGUAUCUCCUUUGAAUGAUUUAAAUGUUACUGUGGCAUUUAUUACAUUUUCUGUGGAUAAUAGCACUUUCUUCCACUCUGAAAAUGAUAACAGCCAUGCAUUGUUUGUGGUUAAAACUUACAUGGAUUUCGAGCCUCUUGUUCCAGAGAAUGCACGCUUGCGAGGCCAUCGGGCAGACUUUCGCAACUCAUGCCUUGGGUUCUUGUCCGAGGUUUCGGAUCUCCAGUUCUUUGCCCAAUUAAUCCAACAACUCGUAUUCUGCUGCAUACAAACAAAUAAGCGGCACGAACUGUGGUUCAAUUUGCAAGGCCACCUCGCCAGGUUCGGAAUUCAAGAGUACGCCCUCGUCACUGGAUUAAGGUGUGGUCUUCUUCCGGAUGACAAUGUCAUGGACCGAGUUCUUGACAAGAGAAGACUAAAGGACAAAUACUUUAAACAUGUGGACAAGAUUUCGUGCGCCCAACUCGAGCAGACAUUUCUUCGAUCGUCAAUGCCUCGAGCCGAUUGGUACAAGCUCGACCUCGCUUUGAUCAUCGAAGGAGUCUUCAAUGCUCCGGAUAACAACGUUGGUAUCGAUAUGGAGACGUUGUUGAUCGUCAGCGAUCUAGACUUGUUCUUUUCGUAUCCUUGGGGUAGAAUCUCAUAUGGACGUCUGAUAAAGGGCUUUCGGGGCCGUUGGGCAAGAAAUUUUUUGGAUGCGACGAAAAAGAAGGAGAAGGCGGUUAGCUACACGGUCCACGGCUUUCCCAUUGCCAUACAGAUAUGGGCGUUCGUGGCGGUGCCUGAAAUUGGUGAUCGCUUCGAUCAGCGUCUUGGUGAACGUUUCCCAUGGCUUCUCGGCUCGGCAUCAACAAAAUAG